AUGGAGAAGUUUGGAUUGAAGGCUUUAGUCCCUCUAAUCAAGCAGGAAGAACGCGAAACAGCUAGUCUUUAUGACCAUUCGAUCACGCUGGGGGCAGACCUAUCAUCGAUGCUGCAUUCACUUGGAAUACCUAGGGAUUCAAAGAGGCACAGAGUGUUGGAUACGUUUCAGUCACCGUGGGCCGAGACAUCUAGAAGUGAAGUGGAACCAAAAUUCUUUAUACCUGAUUCCUUUACCAAUAUACCACAGGUAUUACAAUCACAGACUACACCACCAUGUUUCAAUUCAGUACAGCAUGAUCAACAGCGAGUGGCCCUUUUCCAAGACGAGACGUUAUUCUACCUUUUUUACAAGCACCCUGGUACUGUCAUUCAGGAACUGACGUAUCUGGAGCUAAGGAAACGUAAUUGGCGUUAUCACAAAACUUUGAAGGCAUGGCUAACAAAAGAUCCAAAGAUGGAACCUGUGGUUUCUUCCGAUGGCCUAAGCGAACGAGGCUCGUAUGUAUUCUUUGAUCCGCAAAGAUGGGAGAAAUGUCAGAGAGAGUUCUUACUCUUUUACAAUGCCAUUAUGUAA